AUGCCACAACCCAAUUUUGAUAAUAAUUUAAAAAAUAACAAUAACCAUGAUUUAUCAUGGAUCUCUUCUGCUUCUGUUUUUGCUUCUUCUCCUGGAUCAGCAGAGCUAUAUUCCUCAGAGCAUAUUAUCAAUACAGCAAUUAUCGAGUCACAAAACAUAAAUAAGAAUAAUUAUGACGAGUCAAUACCAUCUACUUCGUCUUCUGUUAAAUUGUUGGAAAGUUUUUUAAAUCUAGAAAACCAAAAAAUACAAAUUGAUGCUACAAAUACUGUUAAUGCUGCCGCGGAAAAUGCCAAUAAUAAUAGUCACAGCAAGUUGUUUGAUUUUAUCUUGACUGAACCAUUUGAGUCUGUCAUUGAUACCAUAAAUAAUGAUGAUGAUUCUUUUUUUUCCCACACUCCACAGAAACGUGACACAGCCAAUGUCAAUAGUAUGAGAAAAAGGUCUUUACUGGAAGAAGAAAGUUUUGAUUCUUUUGACUUUUAUAAUAACAACCACAAUGAUUUCCACAAUAAUUAUUUUUUAAAUGUGAAUGACAACAAGUAUGAAGAAAAUUAUAACACCAACAAUUAUUACUAUAACACCAAUCCUAAAUCUUUUUGUGACUUGAAAACUCCAAUUCGAAAAAAACAAAAAACAACUGGGUUUAGUUCAGAAAUUCCCAAUGAGCUAUCUAGUACACGUUGCUCAACUUUAUCUUUAUUUUCAAAUUCCAGUUCUUAUACUUACGACCACGCAUCGGAUUCUUCAUCUAUUUUUCCUUUUUCUGCUGACAUUAGUCCUUUCCAAAAUAAAAAAAUUCCACCAUUUUUAGGCGACAAUGAUGCUGGUACCAGCUCCUCUGACAUAAUUGAGGACUUUUCAUCGUUUACAAAACCGCAAAAAUUAACUAAACUAUUACAACCAAUUAGAUUCAAGAAAAAUAGUAGUGUUUAUAAUAAUUGUAACACAAAGUUAAGCAAAGAUGCGAGUGAUGCAAAGAAACAAAUGGUAAACAAAAAAGCCAUAGUUACCAAUGCCACUAUUAACAAAAACAAAGACUCUACUACUUCGGAUGGAAAAUUUGAUGCUUACAAUCAAUUUGUUACACCCAAAAAUAAAAUUAUUGAAAAACCUUUAAUGGAUCUUUUUAGCGAAUAUAAUAAAAAUUCUAGUCACAAUAAUCUUGUUCAUAACGAGAAUUACGAUGGUAUAAGAAAUAAUGAUAUGUACGUUGAUUUUGAUUUUACAAUUGCAUUGAAAGAUAAGGAGCAAGUGGGUGUCAACAAAGAGAUAAUUCGUGGUAACAAUACUGAUCGAAAUACUAAGACUAAAAUAGUUAAUAAUAGUAAUUAUAAAAAAACAAAACAGCAAAUUGAUUUAUCUUACAAAUUAAUGACUAAACUGGCAACUUAUUUUGGCUAUUUUAAUGAAGAAGACCAAGAUAAAAUGGACAAAAUUAGAAUACAAGAGAUUGAAUAUAGAUUAGGUAAAACAUAUUUUUAA